GGCCAGUCUGCAAACACUGUUUCAAGUCGGUGGCGACCAAGUCCAGCAGUACGACAAACUUGGCGAAACAUCUGAAGGACCGACACCCUGGCCUUUACACUGAAUUUCGACAGUCACAGAAUGAAGCAGAGAGAAGUAGACCUGCAUCCACGCCAUCCAAACACCAUCAGACACAGCCGACUCUACCAUCUAUGUUUGACCAACAACGCCAAUAUGAUGCCAAGUCCCCUGAAGCUAUGAAACUAAACAGAGCUGUGGCGGAGUACAUAAGUAUGGACCAGGUUCCUAUUUACACUGUGGAGAAACCUGGGUUCAAACAACUUAUUAAGCAGCUAAACCCAAGGUAUGCUCUUCCCUCCCGGAAUCACUUUAUGUACAGUGAAAUCCCAGAGCUGUACAACACAACAAAACAAAAAGUCUUGCAGCAGCUUCAGGGGAAUCCGUACUUCUCCUGUACCACUGACCUUUGGACCAGCAGGGCUGCAUCCUCUUUCAUGGCUGUAACCCUGCAAUUUAUUACAGAGUCCUGGGACAUGCAGAGCUGGUGUCUGGGAUGUGUUGGGCUACAUUCAGAGCAUACAGGAGACAGCUUAAGGGAGGCUUUAGAGGAGAUAGUACAGGAAUCAUGGAAGCUGGACACAACUAAAAUGGCAGCCAUCACUACAGAUAAUGCUUCAAAUAACAAGAAAGCAUUUCAGCAGCAUUUUACAUGGGUCCCAUGCUUUGGUCACAACCUGCACUUAGCCAUAAACAAGGGUCUGGAUAUUGAUAGUGUGUCAGGAGCAUUAUCCAGGUUGAGAAAAACAGUGGCAGCUUUCACAAGGUCACCAAAGAUGACCCGGCAGCUAAAGAAAAAACAAAAAGACUUGAAGCUGCCAGAACACAGACUCAUCCAUGAUGAGCCAACACGCUGGGACUCAACUUUUGAAAUGGUGGAUAGGUUUACUGAACAGCAGCAAGCAGUCAGUGCAGUUUUAGCAGAGGACAGAAAGAAGUGGUAUCUUAUGCCAAAAGAUUCAGACAUCACCAUUCUUGAGACUGUAAAAGAGGUGCUGAGCCCAUUGAGCUCUUUUACUGAUGCUCUUAGUGGGGAGAAGCAUACCACUCUAUCCUCUGUCCUACCCUUAACCUGGAAGAUAUAUUCCACAUUAACAAUUGAGGACACAAGCAGACACUUAGAACGUCAGCUGAAGCAAAAAAUUGGAGAUGACCUGAAACACAGAUAUGAGGACAGGAAUCUACAGCUGGUAUUGAACACAGCCACCUUUCUUGAUCCUCGCUUCAAGGACAGUUUUACUACAUUAAAAGAGGAAUUAAAACAGCAUCUUAUUGUGGAUAAUAUGCAAGGUCUGCACACUCGGAGAGUCCCAAGUUUGGAAACUUCUCCUCCAUCUGCAACCCAGCCUACGAAGAAAUCCAAAACAGAUCUAAAGGGACUUUUAUCAAACAUUCAGGGGGAGAGAAAGAAACAACAUGGAGAUGAUACACCAACAGCAUCCACAGAUGAGGAUCCAGAAUCCAGGCUCAGGAAUGAGUUGACAUUAUAUGAAACCAUGCCUGAGCAGAGUGCAGAGGAGGACCCCCUAAAUUGGUGGAAA